AUGGCGGAAGUUAGAACUGUGCUAGUUCCUCAGAAUCGUCGUGCCCCUCUGAAAGAAUCUUGGAAGUCAAUUGUCGAGAUUUUGACCAAACAGUUGAAACUCAUGGUUUGCAUGAAAACCGCAAAGAAGAAUUGGAAGGUCAUGCUUCGCAAUUCCCCGGAGACCACAGACCCGCAGUUCCUCCAAAAGGGUGUCGACUUCGUGUCUGCUUUCGUGAAAGGGUUUGCAUUACAAGAUGCACUCGCGAUUGUCCGCAUAGAUGGGAUUUACGUAGAAAGUUUUCACAUUUCGGAUGUACGACAGCGUCUAAGGGGUGACCACGUUGCACGAGCGGUGGGCCGAAUUUGUGGUGCCAACGGUCGAGUCCGACUCUCCAUUGAGAAUGCCACGCGGACGCGUAUCGUAGUUGCUGAUCAAACCAUCCAUAUCCUCGGCAGCAAUGAACGGAUAGCUGUUGCCCGCAAGGCCAUCUGCAAUCUCAUUAUCGGCUCUCCGCCGAGUAAGAUCUUUGGUCGCAUCCAAACUCAAGCCGCUCGACUGGACUCCACAUUUUAA